CAAAAUUUAUGAAAUAUGAUUAUAACCAGAGAAUGCCUAUAUUUCUACCAGAGUAAUUUAGAUCGGUGGGGAAUGUGAAGUCAUCAACCAAAAUAACAUAAUUUUUGCAAUUGAAUGUUCUAGCUAGGGUUUCCAAAUUUCUUGAAACGGUUUAUCGUCUGAAAAAUAGGAAAAAAAGCAACCUUUCUCGAAGGAUUUCUUUUUUCUUUAAGAUAAACUAUGUCUUCUGAUGACAGCAAUAAUAUCAGUCCAAUUUCAAGAGAUGCAGAUGCGGUUGCAUGCUCCCCCUCUUCCACCGCCGUCACCUACAGCGACAACCCCUCUCCGUCCUCACUCCCAACUGUUGCUCCAGACCCUCUGUCUUGGCCCCCUGAUGGCAAGCUCUGCCUUGAGUGGAUCCAGCAUCUCAUGUCCGUGUUCGAGUGGAGUUCGAGAAAUCUGGCCCCCUCGGCUUUCCCCUCCGUGUUUCCAGUUCCCGUUUUUGAUGCCCUCGUUCUUACUGCUUCCAAGAUCCUCCACAAGGAACCCAAUUGCCUCCAAAUCAACAUCCCCGACUCCGAUUCAACGGUCGUAGUGGUUGGCGAUCUUCAUGGCCAAUUGCAUGAUCUUCUAUUCCUGCUCCAAGAUGCUGGCUUUCCUGCCCAAAAUCGGAUAUUUGUCUUCAAUGGGGAUUAUGUUGACAGGGGAGCUUGGGGUCUUGAGACUUUCUUGCUCUUGCUAGCCUGGAAGGUUUUCAUGCCGCAUAGAGUGUUUCUCCUUCGUGGAAACCAUGAAUCCAAAUACUGCACCUCUACUUAUGGGUUUGAGAAGGAAGUUCUGGCAAAGUAUGGGGAUAAAGGUAAGCAUGUGUAUCGAAAAUGUUUGGGAUGCUUUGAAGGACUACCUUUGGCCUCUAUAAUUGCUGAGCGUGUAUAUACUGCUCACGGGGGGCUUUUCCGCAGCAUUUCUGUCACUCCUUCUAGAAGGUCAAAAGGGAAGAAGAAUCGUAGGAUAAAUCUCAUCCCUGAAGCCAACGCCUUAUGCCUUGGUUCCUUGGAGGAAUUAUCUAAAGCUCGAAGAUCAGUCCUCGAUCCUCCUUGGGAAGGAUUGAAUUUGAUUCCUGGUGAUGUGCUAUGGUCAGAUCCAUCAAUGAAACCCGGUCUUUCCCCAAAUAAGGAGAGAGGCAUUGGCCUGUUAUGGGGCCCUGACUGCACGGAGGAAUUCUUAAAAAAGUUCAAACUAAAGCUAAUUAUCAGGUCGCAUGAAGGCCCAGAUGCAAGAGAAAAAAGGCCUGGUCUUGGAGGAAUGGAUGAAGGAUACACAAUAGAUCAUGAUGUGGAAUCGGGGAAACUGAUAACUGUAUUUAGUGCUCCAGACUACCCACAAUUUCAGGCAACAGAAGAGAGAUACAAUAACAAAGGAGCAUAUGUUGUACUAAAGCCCCCUCGUUUUGAUAAUCCUGAAUUUCAUAGUUUUGAAGCAAUUACCCCAAGACCCAAGGUGAAUCCAUACUAUGACUUUGAGGAGGUGAUUGAUUCUGAUGAAGACUUGGAUUUAGCUUCAAUGGUGACUACUGACUUGUAAUGGCCAGGCUCUAUUUGCUUUUCAUGAUCACUAUUCAUUAGUUUUGAAAGUUGUACAUGGUAUUAAUGAAUUUUCAUUAAUAUAAUUAUUUGGUAACAAAGAGCAUGUUCCUUUCACUUUGAAGCUGUUUGUUAUGCUGUAAAAGAAACCUACCCUUGUGUUAAAUUAAUAUGAUUUAUUUAUAGUUAAA